UUUUACAGUGAGCAAUCAUUCUAUUUGGCUCACAUUCCUUACUAGUAUCUUGCUCCUUGCUCGUGUCGCAUUUGGAUUAGCAACCUCAGCUCUGACAUAUGUUGUCGGAACCUGGCCCGCUUUUCGAGCGGAGAAGGGUCCUUUGUUCACACUUAGUUGUAGACUCGCUCUCUCGGCAGCUGUAGACUUGGCCAUCGCUCUUAUCCUCAUCUUCUACCUUAAGCAUGGACAAACCGGUUUCAAUAGCACUGACAAUGUCAUCCGGUCUCUCAUGGUUUAUGCCGUAAAUACCGGCGCAAUUACCAUGAUUGUCUCAUUAGCCGUUGUCCUCACGUUCAUUUUCCUAAAAGAGAGUCUGCUAUUUGCUGGACUCGUCACUAUGGCAAUCUAUGCCAACUCCUUCUUAGGUACAUUGAAUACCCGCCAAAUCCUUCGAAAGAAGACUGCCAUGGCUUCCACAUAUAACGGAGUGGCCGAGCUGUCCAACUUCCAGCACUCCGUAGUACCUACUCAGUUGGUAUCUGCUGGUAAACAGCGACACAUCCAGAUCUUCCAAGAGACCACAAAAGUCACUGAUGCUCAGGCUUAUUCUCCCAGGUCCUUAACUGAACAAGAGCGACGUUCAUCGCUGAAGUUUGACAUGUCGGAGGUUUGAGAUGUACUUUUGGGACCUCGACGCCAGGUAAAUGGACGUGAUUGCUUCUUGGGACAUUGCUGUUCUAUUUCCUUCUGUAUUGAAGAUAUGUAUUGGUUUGUUC